AUGGCGGACGGAGGGAAGAGAACAACAACAAGAGGCCUACGUGACGAGGUGAAUGUAUGCCAGUUGUGUGGAGCACUUGACAAUCUCUCCUUGUGCGGCGGCUGUCGGGGUACCUGGUACUGUUGUAAAGACCACCAACGUCGAGAUUGGAAGGACCAUAAACGGUCAUGCAGACAGACUACUAAGACAGUCAACACCAGCUGCUCACGGACAGAAGGCGAAGGCCAGAAGAACGGCUUGUUGUCGACCAGGCCAGACAUGCCCAACGAGUCGGCAGCUGAAGAUACCAACGAUGCGGAUUUUGUCACGACCGACGACUGCGGCAGUAACCCCGCAUCCCCGCUGAAAGUAACAGUCGACGAAUGCUCUGCUCUCUCACGUUUACGCACUUUUGAACAGAUAAAACCAGGAGAGGGGACACAAAUCAACAACAACGGCGGCGGUACAGCUGGGUUGGUCACAUCGGAGACUGGAGGCAGUAGUCGCGGACGUGAGGACAACCAGGUUGUCAAGACAAAUACCUCUUCAAGGAAAAACACUCACACAAAGUCUUCCAUAAAGAAGAAUAAAAAUGAUCCUCAUAGAAAUUUGGCAACUAUUUCUGAAGAUGGGCCUCCCCCAGAGAGGUACUACCUAGAUUACAACUCUCAUCAAAUAAGUCUGCCUCCUUCAGCAAAAACUGCCAUUGCAGGUAACUCACCGGCUUCAGCCAUGGGGCAAGGUGAUAAUAAACUUUCGGCUUUGCAGACCAAGGAUCAGUACCUCACAAUAUUGCGAUCUCGGUUUGGGGUGCUAGCCAAAUAUGUUGUGGAUUGUUUAACUAAAUACGGCAUCUGUGUUAUUGACAAGUUUCUGGGAGAUGUCACUGGACAUGAAAUCCUGAAAGAAGUGAUGCAGCUGAGUUCUACUGGAGUCAUGAAGCAGGGACAGCUAGUCCACGGCCCUUCUUCUUCCAGUAAUAAAUAUAUUCGUGGGGACAUGAUCACCUGGGUGGAUGGUACAGAACCUCGUUCAGAAAACAUUCAUUUUCUGAUUUCCUGUAUGGAUGCAGUGAUGCUUCAGUGUGCCAGCAAGCUGGAUAUGUACACCAUAAAUGAACGGACUAAGGCUAUGGUUGCCUGCUACCCAGGCCGAAAAACUCGCUAUGUAAGACAUGUAGACAACCCUAACGGAGACGGUCGAUGUAUCACUUGUAUAUACUACCUCAAUGAAAACUGGGAUGUUCGGCAACAUGGUGGUUUGUUGAGGAUUUACCCAGAAGGCUCCGACAGAGUGGCCAACAUUGAACCCAAGUUUGACCGCUUGUUGUUUUUCUGGUCAGACCGGAGGAACCCUCAUGAAGUGGAGGAAUCAUUCAGGGAAAGGUAUGCAAUUACUGUUUGGUACUAUGAUGCUGAAGAGAGAGCCCAAGCUUUGAAGAAAUUCAAAGGGGGUUCUGACUCUAACAGCAUCAAACCACAAGCAGUGCCUCUCAUCAACGCAGAUAGCCAGGGAUUAUCCAGAUAG